GAUUACUUCGAGCGCCUCACUGAUGGACCCCUGCCGGUUUAGUUGUAUUUACGGUAGCGUGGAAAGGGCUAAUCAAGAUAUACAAAAUAUGUUGAUCACUUGGAUGCAAACUAAUAGCGUAAAAUCAUGGAAAGAAGGGUUGAGAUUUGUGCAGUUAAUGAAGAAUAAAGCGCUUCAUUCUGGUAUUCAAAGUAGUUCAAAGGUAGUUUAAAAUUAAUAUUUAGAUAUUUAUCAUUUUUUUUUUUGUCAAAUUUUCAUAUUAUAAAAUUGUAUUAUUAACAUAUUAUCGAAAUACCUUUAGGUCACCGUACGAGGCAAUGUUUGGAACAGAUAUGAGAGUUGGUUUGACUACACAUUUUCCUAGCGAAUCCGUUGAUAAAAUCAAUACUGAAGAUGAUCUAGAAAUAUUUUUAAACAAUAUCAAUGUAGAAGAAGAUGUGAAUGCAAAAUAUAAUAUUCAAGUGGUGAAUGAAGCAUCAAAGGACGAAGGGUUAUGUGACUUAAUAUCUAUAAGACAGAAAUCAAUCGAUAAUAAUAGAAAAAAUUCUGAAAUCUGUUUGAUAAAUCAAGCUGAAAAAAUUAAAUUUAGGUCUAUCCAUAAGUUUCCCCCAGCUAACGUCGGAGAUAGUGUGAGAGUCACUUUACCCGAUGUCGACAGUUGUGCAGUUGUGGCUAUUGAGGACGAACAAUAUAAUAAACUUGACAUUUGUGGUGGAAAAAAUGCUCCAAAUGUCUACAUCGGCAUAUUUUCUGAUAGAAAAGUGAAUAUAGUUGGUAUAUUUGGGAGAUCAAAAUUCUCAGUCGAAAGUGUUGAGAAUAACAAAAGAAAAUGGGAAUUUAUAUGCGAAAUCAAUUCUUGA